AUGACGAUCCGGAAGAUCAUGCACCCGCCGAAAGGCGAUCUAGAUGGAGGGGGUAACAUUGUCGGCUACGGCACCGAUGAGUGGAGACAGGGACACGCCCUCAUCGAGGGCGUGUACGUGCCGAACCUGCUGGACGAACAAAGGUACAGGAUCGCUACGGGGGGCUACGUGGAGGCCCUGCGGCGCUCCCCCGGCGUGGCCGAGAGUUGCCAGUACUUCACCGUGUCCAGACAUCCGGCGAACAGGGUCGUUUCGGCGUACUACUACUGCCGGAAUCCGAGGCACAGCUGGGACCCGCUGCACGCGUCGAGCGUGAAGCUCCUCCGGGAUAACUCCAAGGCGGUCGGCGUGGUGGAGGAGUUUGACUCAAAGAUGGCGCUCUUCGAUCGCGCCGGGGUGACCCCUGGGACCAGGUGGGCCGCCACGUACCGCAAGCUCGGCGUCGCCAACAAGAACGAGGCGCCCGACACGGAGCAGAGCACGGCCCCGCGGCACGCCUUGCUGUCGGAGGAGAUCAAGCCGUACCUCCGGCUGGCGAUCCUGCUGUACGAUCACGCCAUGGUGGUGUUCCACGACUUGACGCGGCAGCACGGCAUUGUCCCGUAA